AUGACGAAUUGUUGCUUCUUCCUAAUCCUAAUUAUUGUUUAUAAUUUUGAACAGUUGCAAGCACAUCAUUAUCCAUAUAAACAUUAUUCACGACAUCCCGUCGGUGAAACUAUUUAUGAUAAUGAAACAAUUACUGGAAAUGAUGACGACAGUGACAUGUGUCAUUUGAGUGUACGAUGUCCUUCUGUACCUAGUCUCUAUCCUUACGAUCGAGAUAGUCGUAAUCGUCGUUUUAGUGUUGAUACUUUCUUAGCAAUGCAUGGACCACCAGGACCACCUGGUAUAUCAGGUCCACAAGGCAAUUCUGGACCGCGUGGUGCUGUUGGGCCUCAAGGUAUCUACACUCAUAAAAUAGAUGAGAAUGGAUUAUCCGUUUGUUCUAUUUUAGGUAAAGUGGGUCGAUCAAAAGAACCAAUACCUAUUAUAGCUUUUGUAGCUUAUCUUCAAAAAAUGCUUUCUAUUGAAUCAAAUCGUUCAGAACCUAUUAUUUUUGAAAAGGCUGAUAUUAAUGAAGGCAAUGGUUAUAACUCGACAACAGGUAUAUUUACAGCUGCUUAUCGAGGUAUUUAUAAAUUUAGUGUAACAAUUAUGGCACAAAUGGAUUCAAUUGCUACUGUACGUAUAGUACAUAAUGAAAAUAAUGUACUCGGUAUGAUUCGAUGUGAUUGUCGACGUCGUUUUUCACAUGUACGUGGAUCUAUUUAUGCUGAAUUAGAUGUUAAUGAUCAUGUCAUGGUUGAAGCCCUUGGCGAUCUUAAUGAUCCAGGUCAAACAGCUCCACGUAAUAAUAUAUAUGGUUAUACAUAUACACAUUUUAGUGGUGUACUUUUAUUUUUAACAGAUAUUUUAUCAAUAAUUUGA